CUGGUAUAAAGUGAGAGUGUGAUGGCCUCUAGUGGAUAUUUUCUAUAACUGCAUGUCCUCAUGUUCCUUUAUCCAUCCAUCCAUUUUCUUUGCUGCUUGCCCGGAGAAAACCCGAGCAGGAAUGGAAUCCAAGCGCAUGCAAACUCCAAACAGGUGGCUCUCGGAUGGACCAUUGACCCAGUCUGUGGAAUUGUUUGCCAGUUGUGGGACUUAAGUGAAAGACUGAAACACAAUCAGAAAUCGUGCGUGUAGUCGUCAUGCAGUCCCUGGCACAGGAGAUCCAGAGUUUCUCACGCACGAGUCUAAAGCAUCAGUACACUCGCGUGACAUCGCUGAGCGGCCGCCGCAUCAUCGAGACCUGGAAGGGGUCCGUUGUUACGGUGGUGGAGGACCCCGCUCCCCCGGAGACCACGCUGGGGUACGUCCCUGACACCUCCUGGGACCUCCAGGUGGGGGUCAUCCGACCAGAUCUGCUGCUGGGUUGUCAGGAUGCUGCACACGACUUCAGCACACUGAGGAAAUACAAUGUCUCACACAUCCUGAAUGUGGCAUUCGGGGUGGACAACGUGUUUCCCGAUCUUUUCAUCUACAAAACGCUGAGCAUCCUGGACCAUCCGGACACCCCCCUUGUGCCGUAUCUCAAAGAAUGCUGUCACUUCAUCCAGCAGGCGCGGCAGGAGAAAGGCGUGGUGUUGGUCCACAGCAACGCAGGCGUGUCCCGAGGUCCAGCGGUGAUGAUUGGCUACCUGAUGUCCCACGAGCACCAGCCCUUCGACUCGGCCCUGGCGUGCGUGCGUGCCGCCCGACCCGCCGCUUACCCCAAUCCGGGCUUCGUACAGCAGCUCAAGAACUUGCACGAUGCACAAACAACAAUGAACAAUAAUGCGAAAGACUGAGGGAAGCUUUGUUUUUCUUCUUCUUCUUCUUGUCACAGCACACCAUUAGUACUUCUUCAGGAUUUUUGCUUCAAUGGACGUUGAAGAAACUGCACCCUAUAGUGGCACUAGUCACAAUGACAUGAUCAAAAGUGGAAAACAGAUUUUUGCCAUCAGAGGAUGGUGUUUCAUAGAGUGGACAAAGAAUGGCUUUGAGUCCCAUAUGACUGAUUAUCAUCUAAAAUAAUCUACACCCUGAACUGAUUGGCAGACAAUCACAGGACACUUAGAAACAAACAGCAGUCACAAUCACAUUUUUAGGGCAAUUUAUCAUCUCCAAUGAAUGCAUGUUUUUGGGAUGUGGGAGGAAACCGGAGUGCCCGGAGAAAACCCACCCAGGCACAGGAAGAACAACUCCACACAGACAGGACCUGGAUAUGAUCACCGGUCCUCAGAACUGCGAGGUAGACACUUGAACCAGUUGGGCCAUUAUCAAUUCUAUUGAAAUCAAUUACGAUUGGCUGACAACCAGUUCAGGGCACUGCCUCCUGCUUGUUGACAGCUGGGAUAGGCUCCAGCACUCUCGUGACCCUUGUGAGGAUAAGCGGCUAAGAAAAUGGAUAGAUUGAUCCAAUAGAACUCAAUGGAUUACAAAAUAAACGGAGUGAAAUGAAAAUGAAAAAAAAUUGAACCAAUUUCAAAAUGUAUUCACAAAGAGGCACAAAGUUCCAAUUGUUUGGUCAUUGUUUUUUUGGCACUUGAAGAAGUUGUCUGAGUUUGAUGUGCCGAUCGUUGCUGAUAAAAAUGAGCUUGUGUGCAUAUUUCAAAUGGUUUCAGUUUCCAGUCUUGUUCUUGUAGUUACAAAGCAAAAAUAAUAAACAGGCACAAUGACAUCAGUGCAUGUUUAAUAUUUGAUUGAUUGCAUUUUUUUCUUCACAUUUUAAUUUACAGUAAUGUGUAUUUUGUGUGUGUGGCAACACAUCCCAUAAUAUGACCCUGAGCACACCUCCCUUCUCCUCCUCCUCCUUUUCCCGUGGCUCUUCUUUUUCUGGAGAGCGAAACAUCGGCGACUUCGACGACGCUCGGACUGCGAAAGGAUCGCGCCGUAUGCUGCCAGCCCGACCGAC